AUGGCGGCCUCUGUGGACCAUGGCGGCUGGUUUGCAGCUUUGUUUCUGGGAGUUUCUCUGCUUAAAUGUUUGUUCAUCAGCUCGUAUCAUUCCACAGACUUCGAGGUGCACAGGAACUGGUUGGCCAUCACACACAGUCUGCCGGUGUCCAGGUGGUACCAUGAGAACACAUCGGAGUGGACUCUGGACUAUCCUCCGCUGUUCGCCUGGUUCGAGUUCGGUCUGUCUCACGUCGCUCGACACUUUGACGGCGACAUGCUGCGAGUGGAGAACCUGAACUACGCCAGCGAGGCGACCGUCCUCUUCCAGAGACUGUCGGUCGUCUUCACCGACCUGAUGUUCGUCUUCGCUGUCAGAGAGUGCUGCAGGUGCGUUCAGGUGCAGAAAGGUUCGCAGGACGUUCUGAACCAGCCGGCCUUCGUCCUUGCUGCUCUGCUGCUGUGGAACUUCGGCCUCCUCAUCGUCGACCAUAUCCAUUUCCAGUAUAACGGCUUCCUGUUUGGUUUCCUGCUGCUGUCGGUGGCGAAACACAUGCAGUCUCGGCACCUGCAGGGGGCGCUGCUGUUCGCCGUCCUGCUCAACCUGAAGCACAUCUACCUGUACGUUGCCCCGGCGUACGGUGUUUACCUGCUGAGGAGCUACUGCUUCACCCAGGACAACAAAGAUGGUUCGGUCCGCUGGAGCAGCUUCAGUCCGCUGCGUCUUAUCGCUCUGGGAAGCAUCGUGAUCUCCGUCUGCGCUCUGUCCUUCGGCCCGUUUAUCGCCAUGGGUCAGCUCCCUCAGGUUCUCUCCCGUCUCUUCCCCUUUAAACGAGGCCUCUGUCACGCCUACUGGGCCCCCAACGUCUGGGCGCUCUACAACCUCCUGGAUAAAACUCUUGUGACGCUCGGAGUUCGUCUGAAGCUGCUGCAGGAAGCCGACCUUCCUCGAGCUUCAAUGACGGGCGGCUUGGUUCAGGAGUUCCAGCACUCGGUCCUCCCGUCCGUCUCUCCCUCCGUCACACUCGUCUGCACUCUGCUGUCCAUCCUGCCGGCCGUCGCCUCCAUCUGGUUUCGUCCUCGCGGUGCUCGAGGUUUCCUGCGCUGCCUGCUGAUCUGCGCCUUGGCCUCCUUCAUGUUCGGCUGGCAUGUUCACGAAAAGGCCGUCCUCAUCGCCAUCCUGCCUCUGAGCGUCUUGGCGGUGGAGAGCAGAGAGGAUGCUGGGAUAUUCCUGAUGCUGAGCGCUACGGGUCAUUACUCGCUGUUCCCGCUGCUCCACACACCUGCAGAGCUGCCCAUCAAAGUCGUGCUGAUGCUGAUAUUUACGAUCUUCUCGUUCGUCGCUCUGAGGAAACUUCACAGCGGUCGCGGAUCUCUGCUCCUUCCGCUGGAAGUCGUCUACCUGUCGGGUCUGGUUGCCGUGGCGAUCGCCUGCGAGGUCGUGUUCCCGCUGUCGCCGUGGAGACAGACGCUGCCCUUCCUCCCCCUGCUGGCCACAUCGGUGUACUGCGCGCUCGGCGUCUGCUACAGCUUCCUGCGGCUGUACGGCAGUCUGCUGACGAGCCACAAGCACAAACAGCUGUGAGGGUCAGAGUUCGGGUUCCUGCAGGUCACAGGUCAACCCCCCCCCCCCCCCCCCCCCCCACAGCAGGAACACUGAGACUCUUCUUCUUCUUCCUG